UUGCGUCUUUGCCAAGUGUUGAUCGUUUCGAGGGGUGUUUUGUGGCUUCUUUCGUGUUACGUAUCGAAAAAAAAGGAAGACUUCGGAAGCGACCGGAAAAAAGAAGCGCGUCUCUUAUCACUCUCCGACGGCUGUGCACUCGCCUUUAAACUCGGACCGCUUUGGAAGCAUUGUUUCCUUAAUUUUUUUUUUUAUUUGUGCCACCACUUCGGAUGACGCCCGGACUCCGUAAGCCGCCGCUACACCGAGGUGUUUCUUCUUGAGUGAGCGGUGUUGGCGACGAUUGCCUACUUGACGCAAGAACUUCAAGUGUUUUCUCCUAGCCGAUAAGGGAACGGAUUUCUUGUGUUGUUUCGUGCAUCCAUUUCACGAUGGCAUCCGCCAACGCAUCGGGAAGGAGCUACGCCUUCAAGGUAGUACUGCUGGGCGAAGGCUGUGUCGGAAAGACUUCUCUCGUGCUUCGUUACGUCGAGAACAAGUUCAACGAUAAACACCUCUCCACGCUACAGGCGUCCUACCUGGACAAGAGGUUGAACAUUGCCGGAGAGCGAGUACAGCUGGCCAUUUGGGACACGGCAGGCCAGGAGAAGUUCCAUGCCCUAGGACCCAUCUACUACAGGGACAGCAAUGGUGCUGUGCUCGUGUACGACAUCACAGAUGAGGGGUCGUUCAUCAAGGUUCAAAACUGGGUGAAAGAGUUGCGGAAGAUGCUAGGAACGGACGUGUGCCUGACCAUCGCGGGCAACAAGGUCGACUUGGACAAGCAGCGCAACGUCUCCGCGGCAGAGGCUGAGGCAUACGCUGCCUCUGUUGGGGCCACACACUUUCACACCUCGGCCAAGCUGAACCGCGGCAUCGACGACCUCUUCCUCGACCUCAGCAAGCGUAUGAUGCAGGUGGCUAACACCAACGAUGAACAGCAUCGCAACAGCCUCGGCCGUGGAGGGAACUCGCGGCGCACAGUGGUCAUCGUCGACGACAACCCCGUGCAAAAGACAAGCUGCUGCGGAGGCUGAAAAGGACUUGCUCCGUCGUCCUCGUCGUCGCCGCGAAAGUGCUACGUUGUUUUCGUUUUUUGUCCGAGAUGUUCUCGUCUGCGCCGGACUGCUGCUCGGGAAGGCUGCCGCAUUCUUCGGAUAAUCUUUGUUCCUUUUGUUGAAAGACUGUUUUUUUUUUCUGUCUCUUUCCUGCUCUCCCUCCAAAGCACACCACCUGCUGCUGUCUAAACCCUCGUGUUUCCCUGUAUUUCUUUUAUAAUUAUAAUCCUAAGAGCUUAAAACCUGUCGGUGUAUGUGUGUAUGUGUUUGUGGGUAUGCAAGGGCCUCAAGAACUCUAGUGAAGAGCCAGUUAUAUUUUUAUUAUUUCGUUAUCGUUUGCCCAUCUUUACUUGAUGUAGUUUCUGCAGCAGCUUUUUCGGUGUUAAAAAGAAGAGCUUGUGCUGUGGCUCGAUCGUGCAAGGGUAUGCUUGUGCUGAUUGCUGAAUUAAAGUGUGAAUGAGCAGUUGCUAGCGCAUUUUGCUCGUGUCUGAC